CAGCCUGGCUUCACGGCCCCAGAACCCUCCCCUCCUGUUCCUGACUCUGCCAGUGAUCCUGUGCAGGUCACUGCACCACUCUAUGCUUCAGUUUCCCCACUUGGAUAUAAUUUAUCAUUGGCCCUUUAAAAAUUCCUCCAGUCCUGCAUGAUGAAUGCCAUUGGGUAACACUGAGUUCCUGUGUGAAAGGAAAUUUCCCCACCCACCCACAGGAGAGGAGAAAUUUUAAAGGGACAGGACUGUAUUUCCCUCCUACCUACAGCAUGCUAUGUGGCUUGAUUCAGGGGUUCCAAGGCCAGAAGAGACCCUUGUCUGACCUCCCGUCUAAGACAGGCCCGAGAAUUCAUGGAUGGGCAUAAGGGGCCCAGGGACUCAAACCAGUGAGGUGCUAGCGAAGGGCUUUUGUAAUUCGCACUCCGUGACUGGAGGGAGUCGCAGGGCAGGGGCAGGGGUGGCUGGGCUUGGUCUGUUUCCUGGACCCUUUUAUUCUGUGUUGUCAGACACAAGUCCUGCUACCUCAUACUGUUCCCCCAAAUGGGUGAAUGGGAUUCUGGGAGAAUCAGUCGUCCUCCCGCUUGAUUAUGAGGAGAUGUUCAAGAGCAUCAGGUGGUCCGCACCCAGCCCUCGCCAGGACGAAGCCUCAGGCAGAACGGUGCCUCUUGCUGUUGUCACACCGGGGGCACCCGGAGCCCUGCCCCGUCUUGAUGUGAAGGACGAGCGAUACAGAGGGCGACUGAGACUCUACGGCCGGACCUAUUCGCUGGAGAUCAGCAACCUGACGAUGGCAGAUGAGGGCAAAUACGAAGUAGUGCAAACUCUAAUUACAAACAAUCAAUACGGCUGUGACUAUCCCCUGUCCAUCUACAAGCGACUGUCGGAGCCGGAGAUCAGGGUCCACUCUGUGAUGGCUGGGAACGGCACCUGCAACGUGACCUUCACCUGCAGCAUCGGGGAGAGGCCCAGGCACCUCAACUACACCUGGACACGCCCAGCAGGAGGCGCCGUUCUCUCCACUGAGGUAUCCCUGCUGGUCCAGCACAGACUGGGGGAUGAGGACUCGCCCGUCACCUGCACGGCCACAAACCCCGUCAGCCACAGCUCGGCCAGCGCCUCCCCCAAGGUGGCCUGUGAAGGUGACGCUCACUCCAUCCCUCCCCCUCGAGCAUACACAGCAGGGAACAGCCUGUGUGGGCCUGGCUUGUACACCCCCCCUGCUGCUCUGGCUGGGUUCUCGGGCACA